AAAACAAUUCUAAUUAAAAAAUAGGUAAACAAAAAAAAAGUAUUUAAUUAGUUAAGAACUAAGGAAACAUGAAUUAAAAGCAAACAGGCAUUUCCAAUAACACAUUAAAGCCAAACAGCCACUAAAAUCUUAGCAAUAAAAAUAUUUAGCCUGUUUAAAAAGCCGAAAAAUAAAAAGAGAAGAGUAUUAAUAAAACGAAUCAAGGCACAUUGUUGAAUGGAAAGCAUCUAUUAGGCACAAUAUUUUAAACAAUAUUAGAAAUUAUAGAAGAUAAAAGAGAUUAUGAAAUCCCAUACUCUAUUUAUGCUGGUAUGAUAGUAAUUUAUAUGCUGCAGAUAGGUGGAUAUGUAUUUUAAUCGGAUUCUGUUCCAUUAAUGAAAGAAUAAAAAAUACAAACACUUGCUUAUGUAUCAGAAAUUUCAACUGGAACUUACUUCUUAUAGUUAAAAGGCAAUGACACAGAAACAAUAGAGUGCUUUUAUUUAAUGCAGUUUAUAAUGUGGUUUCAAGUUUUAUAUAUUUGCUUUAUUGCAUUUCUUAAGCUGUUCUUUAGCAAGUGGUUUAAGGAAAAUAGGAAACUAUUUAAAAGACCAAAUUAAAUUUUAAAUAUCUACUUUAUGGUUUAUGUUUGGCUCAUAGUCCUACCAUACAUUGAAGUAUUUUCUGGGUUUUGCAAUUGCGGAUAGUAUAGCUACUUGUUAGCAUACACUGAUCCAUCAACUUGUUACCUAAAGCCUAAAAUUUUCUUAAUUUUAGGAUACUCAGGGUUGGUUAUUACUAUUCUGAAUACAUUGAUUCUACUCUUUUUUUAUAGAAACUAUGAAUUCAACGACUCUAAUAUUUUAAAGAGGAGAUUUCAUCCUAUUUUGCUUAUUUAAGUUACUCUCUAUUUUAUAGUUAUUUUCUUCUACUACAUACCUUCGAUACCCAUAAAUAUCUUAUACGUAUGUCUUCAUUUGGUAGGAGCUACAUACAUUUAUGAUUCAAUCCUUAUUAUUCCUUACAAAAACUUAUUUAUUGCUAAAUUUUAUGCUGUAAGUUCCAUAUGCUAUGAGGUGCUGUGCAUUAUUAUUACUUUAUGGGUUUAUGAUAGCAGCUUUCAUGAUAGCGAAUUACUCUAUAAUUGCAUGAUAUUCAGCUCAAUUUUCAUAGCUCUAUUUUUUGGAAUAUGGAACUAUAAAUAUGAAAAGAUUAUGAGAUUUGCAUCAUUUAUUGGCUAUAGCGAACAUUUUCAUAUUGAUAUGUUUUUGGAGGAAAUAUUUAGGCUGGCCUAAGAUUACUAAAAAUCUGAAUAUUCUAAAAUUAAACUAUUUGAAAUAAUUUUGUUUCAUCAAGCAAGCUGCAAUCAGCCUCUAUGCUAUUGCAAAGCUAGCGCAUUUAAGGACGAGAAAAACAUGCUGAUUUUAGAAGAUGUUUAUAAAUUAAUUGAUAGUAUUUUUAUAUACACUUUAAGCUCUUAACAAAUUAAGAAAGAUAGAGACUAAUUUGAACAUGUAUCUUUGAAAUAUAUAACUUAUUUGUCUAAAUACAGGAAUAAUCCUAUGAGAGCUUAUUAUGAAAUUAAAAAAAUAUAGUCCUAGUAGAGAAACGUAAGCCUGUACUUUACUACACUAUCAAAAAUUCUCUCAUAGAAAAUGGAAGAAAAUUUAAUUAAUCUUUAAAAUCAAAGAAUGUCAAUUUACUCAAGAUACGAUUAGGUUGUGAUUUAAAAAAACCAAGUAAAGCUGAUUGAAAAAUCAGAAAAAAUUAAAGGGGUUUUGCUUCCCCUUCUAAGAAAGUAUAUUAUUUAAAAAACUUCUUAUUUAGAAAAAUUACGCUAAGGCUAUCAAAAAAUAGAUGAUUUACAAGUUGAAAUAUCAAAACUAACCAAGUUUGGUUGGCAAAUAUAAAAAGUGUUUUCUUAAUAUUUCAAAAAGAGCUCAUAUUCAUCUUAAAUAAUGCAGAGCGUACAAAUGUUAAAGUUAGAGUCUAUUUAUAAGUGUACCGUUUUGAAUGAGUAUGUGAAUUCUCUUUAGAUAGAGCAAUAAAUUUAAGACCUUAAAUUGAAAGAUCUUUCUAAACCACAAAAUUAAAUACACUCUGUUAAUAUAAUUAAUCAGAAUAUUGUACAUUUUUUAGUAAGCUUAGCUAGAGAUAAAGGUAAGAUUCUUACUAAUACUAAUUAAUGCAAAAAGUCUUUAUGCAGAUUUUUGGGAAGACCUUUAUCAGAUGAUAAAAAAAUAACUCAUAUUGACAUUUUUAUGCCAAACUUUUUUUAAGAAAUUCAUAACGAGUUAAUGUCUAACAUGAUCAAUAAGGGAUCUUCUAAGCUUCUCGAAUAAUCCUAUCACACAUUUGCUCAAAAUUUUAAAAGCUUUAUAUUUCCUAUUAAUCUCUAUUUGGAUAGCACUUAUCAUUUUUAAGAUGAUUUUUGUGUCAACGCUACUGUCCUAAAGAUAGAUACACCCAAUCAGUAUAUUUUAUUUGACCCAGAAGGUAAAAUCAAAGGGAUCUCUCAAGAUAUAUUUCGAUAGAUUUCUGACUGUGAAGAACAAAGUUAAGAUUAAGCAGCUCACUUGAAUUUUGCUAAUUAAUAAAAUACAUAACAAAAAUAUAGUUUUAAUUUAGAGACAUUGAAGAACAAAAUAUUGAUUUUCUUUUUGAUGCCCAAGCUAGCUGAAAUUGUUACCUCCCAUAUGUUAAAUACAAUUUAAGGGAGCGAACAAAAUUUUCAGAGAUUUUCAACUGAGCUAUUUCUUUAAGCUAAAACGACCAAGAAACAAGAGCAGGUUUGCUAUAAAGAAAAGGCUAAGAUAAAAAUACCAAGCAACCUUACAAAAAUCAUAAAUUAAUUUUUAAAUUAUUCUGUUAAUCCUCUUGAAAAAACAAGAGGCUCCACAUUUAACAAGUAAGCAACUAUGGCAACUGAAACCCCAAGUAUAAAUAUUUUCUACGAAAAGUUAAAGAGCUUCCUUGAAGAAAAAAGAAGAGAUUACACAUUUGAAUCAUGCAAGAAAGUGCUGAACAUAAAAUUUAACUUAUACUUUGAUAAGCUACAUUACAUGAAAAAUAACAAAAAAUUAGAAAAACUUUAUUAUUGUAUGGAAAUCGUUGAGAUAUCAUAAUGUUCUGAUUUAACAGAUAAAACAAAUAUCUAUUCUGCUUUAGAUUAUCAAAUGUCACCUAAAAACAUUUAAAAUCAGUCAAGGAAUGAGAUCUCUUCAACAGAUUCAGAUGUAACUUCUUAUUAUAAAUGUGAUACUUUAAGAUAUAAUGAAUCACCUAAAAGAUCAUUUUAAUCAAGAAGGCCCUCUUAACUAAAUUUUUCUAGCAAAAAAGUGUUUAGUUAAGAAGAUAAUGCAUUUAAUCUUAAUUCUUUUGGCUCAUUUACAAUCUAGAGUCCAACUAAAUAAUAGUAAAUUAGCAGCUAAUUUCCUUAAGUAAUCAAAACUAAUUCUGAAUAGAUUUUAAAUGAUUUAAAACUAAACCACAAACAUGAUAUAUAAUUUGAAAGUGAUUUUAAUUCGUUGACACAUAAAGAAUAAGAGAUAUUCUCUGUAGAAUAUUUAUCGCCUAGAGCUUCUGAGAGAUAAAAUUUUAAACUAACUGAAGAUCAUAGAGUUUAAUCGCCAAGAAAAAAAUCUUUAAGUAAAGGUCCUAUAUUUUCAAGCGAAAAUUUUUUGAAAAAAAUAGGGAGCUAAGGAAGUAUCUAGGAGCAGACUUCCAAUUGUCAUACUUAGCAUAGUUAAGAAGAAGAAACCAGUAAAACUAAAUAAAGCAAUUUUAAAAGUUUAGAUAAAAACCCUUCUGAUAACGUUAAGUCCAUAACACUUGAUUUAAAUCCUCUAACAAAAUAUUUAAAUGUCAAAAUUGAAAAGUAAGUUAGCUGGAAGAACAUCAAGCAUUCACCAAAAAGCAAUCAACCAAGCAUUCAAAUAAUUAAUAAUCUAGCAAGUUAAAAUAGCAUAUCUUCGCCUCCCAUAAACGCCAAUCAUUCUAAAUUAGAUAAAACUCUGAAGAAAGAAUAACAAAAUAAUGAAAAAAAUGAGUAAAUUUUAGAAUAACAUUUGUUUGGGUAAAUUCAAGGAAAAAGCUAAAAUGGAUUCUAAAAUAGAAGCAAAGACAACUAAUAUAUGUUUGAGUUGGCCCAUAACAAGAAAAUGCAUUAUUCAAUUCAUCAAUUUUUUAUUUGUCUAGCUUGCUUUCUUUGUAUUUUUUACAUAUCUUCUGUGAUCCUUGAUAUUUCUUUAUACUACCCAAUUUAAGAUAUUAUCAGAGAUUUCAAUUCAGGUAUAACUGAAGCCUCCUUAAGCAGCUUAUAUUCUAGUCAGACAUUGUUUUCCCUUUUAAUCUACUAAAUAGACACAGGUUCUUCGUACUUAAAUAAUUAAUAAACUGUUAGGCAAUAAUUAUAAGAGGAAUGUGAUUAAAUUUCAAAACUUUACAGCUCUUAACUUUUACAGCUUUUCAAUGAUUAUGAAAAGGGAAUUUACUUAUAGCAAAAUUAAACAUAUACAUAUGUUUAUUCUGCAUUAGUUCUUUAACAUGAAGAAAAUAGCAGCUCUUAUACUCUCUUAUUCAGAAAUUUAUACAAUAUUCUUUCUGUGUGCAGCCAAGAUAGCAUAAAUAAAAACUCUUUUUUUUAUUUGUUGAGUAAUAUGGAUUUAAAUAAAAACUUAAGUAACACAAGAAUUUAAGAACUAUAAAAUCAACUAAAUGAUAAAAUAGAUGAUUUAAAGAGAAUCUAAAUACUAUUUAUUAUUAUUUUGUCUUCUUUAAUGUUUGCCUUGUUUGUAGUAUCUGGUCCAUCGAUUGGCAGGUAUAAUAAGUAUAAGUAAUAACUACUUCUUAUAGCUACAAGGAUAACAUAGUUGGAAUGUGAGAAACUUAUCAGUAUCCUAUAAUAGUAUACUUCACUUCUUUAGGAAGAUUCUGAUGAAAAGUGGAUGCUUGCAGAUUUUGUAGGUAUAGCACUGAAAAUAAAUAGCUAAGAAAAUUUUAAAGUAAAAGCUUAAAAAAAGGAUUAAUAACUAAGCAGUUUGAUUGUAGAUUAAAACUUGGGCAAGAAAGUAGAGUCUAGAAUUGUUAUAGUUGCAUUUUCUACUAUUAUUUUAUUUUUCGGAAUAAUUAUGACUAUUGUCUUUAUUUAUAAUUCUAAAAUGAGUACUUCAAUCAGUUUGUAUCGAGAUUCAUUGCUUAUGUAGAAUGAGUUUUUCAAUUAAAAAACUCUUUAUGAACAAUUAAUUUCUUAAAGAAUAAUAUAAUCUGUUGAUUCUAAUUACCCUCAAAUACCAGAUAAUAAUUCAAAAUUGAACAUUAUAAAUAGUAGUUAAGAAUUUCUUUAGGAGUACAUAAGAGACUUUCUAAAUAAUUUGGAUAAAUGCAGUAGUAUGGAUGGUAACGAUAGUUCUCACAUACAGAAUAUUUUCACAAGUGAUUUGUGUACAUAGUUGAUUGAUACAGAUUACCCUUGUGAUAGUAAUGACGAUUAUCUAUAAUAAGGAUUAUAAAGUCUUAUAUAAUUUUAAAUAUAAUUUAUUGAGCGUGAUUAUUACUUGAUGCAAAACGAUCUUUCACUAGAUUUACAAAAGACCAAGCAUUAAGUAUCAUAGUCAUCAGAAAUAUAUUUCCACUAUUUUAUAGAUGAUUAUGAUAAAGUUUCAGAAAUUUUCUAAUUAUUUUUAAAGCUUUUUAAAAAUAGCUUAUCAAAUUAAUAUUAAAAUUUGAUCUAUAUAAUACAAUCUUAUUUAUUGGGUGUUUCUUCAUUCGUUGCAGUUAUGCUGCUCAUUGCAGGAAUUUUGGUUGGAUUUUAUUAACAAAGUAUGAUAAAUCAUCUCAGAUUCUCAAUGACCUUCUUACCUUAUGAGAAAUCGCUUGAUGAAUCCACAUUAUUCCUCCUAAAAAACCUUUCUAAAAUAUGACAUUAUAUAUAAAACAAUAAAACUCCUAAAAUUUAAUAUUUCUAAAUUUCUUAAUCUUAAAUAAUAAAUGUAUUUAUAUAUAAAUCUAUACUUAUCUUAAAAUGGUUAAUAAUUAUCUCUAACAUAAAACUUAUCUCUUCAAAUCUGUUAG